AUGGAGCAAAUAGAACUGAAGGAGUUGGGGGUCGUUCGGGAUUUUCCAGAUGUUGUGGCGUGGGUCAUGACGGGGUCCCGGCUUCAUUACGUGCCGUUGACGGCCGUGAUCCUAUUCCCGGUGACCAUUUUCCUUACUUACACGAUCGCUGUCGCGUUGGGUCAUGCCGAGGCCGGGUUCCCGUACAUCAGUGACACGGGCACGAUGCCGCCCGAGAGCUGCAUAUUUGGCCAGCUGAUGUCCAUCAGUGUGGCCCUGCUUGGGUUGACGUUCUACAUCCGCUUCCAGCAGAUACGCGAUUUCUGCAACCACUUCCCACACGUACCCAAAGUCAGGAAAUUGAACAAUGUGAGCUUCCCCUUGGGCUUAGUGGCGACGUUCGGCAUGAGCAUGGUGGCCAACUUCCAGGAGACGUCCGUCUUGGCUGGCCACUACACAGGCGCCGUCAUGGCCUUCGGCUGCGGCACGGCGUACUUUUGGUUCCAAGCCAUCGUCAGCUACGAACUGGCGCCGCAUCUGAACUCCAUUCGAAAAGCGCACUACCGGAUCGCCUUGGCUAUAAUUUGCACAGUCUGCUUCAUCAUCGCUUGUGGCUGUGGUCUUCUGGCCCGCAAAUACUACCACGGACACGAUCCGCUCAAGUGGUACCCGUCGGACGGCGGCUGGGGACUCCACGUGACGUCCACGGGCGCCGAGUGGGUCAUGGCCCUGUGUUUUGAUAUUUUUGUAGCCAGUUUUGUGAGCGAGUUUAAGCGAUUGUUGGCGCGUCCUCCGGAGUUCCUGCUGGACGUCGAGCACCUGGGCAUUGGACGGAGUCUCAGCUUCGACCCGGUCAUCAACGCAUGAAUCUUGUUUUCCGUCGUCGCAAAAACUUGCCGUCGAAUCACUUUCUGCUGCGAGUUUAGCAGAAAUUGAAUAAUUAAGGACCUUUGAAUCCUGUGUGAGCGAAAAUCAGAACUUUCUACUGCGAUUUAAAAACAAAAGUGAAGCGCAAAAAAGUGGAGCGAUGCAGUGAGAUAUUUAGACAGACAAUUUGAUUCGUGAUCAAAUUGAUGCAUAGGCAAUAAUUUUCAAAUUAUUCGAAUAACCUGAAAAUUUGACUCAAAGCGGAACAAGGUUGCAAAUCAAACAAACCAAAAAGCACCGG